AUGAUUCCUCUAAUUUUGUAUUUCAGUGGAACGUUGUGUCCUGUAGGAGAUAAAUGCACAAACAAAAGAUUUCAAAAAUCCGCUUUCUCGCCGUGUGAAGUUUUUAGGACAGACAAAAAGGGACUGGGUAUAAGAGCUACUGCGGCGAUACCCUUUGGGGAAUUUAUCCUUGAGUAUGUUGGCGAGGUCAUUGGCCCAGAUGAAUUUGAAGAUCGCGCCACCGAAUACUCCAAAGAUAAAAAUCCGCACUACUAUUUUAUGUCGCUUAGAUCUGAUGCGGUAAUUGACGCCACUCAAAAAGGUAACAUCUCACGGUUCAUCAACCACUCCUGCGAUCCUAACGCUGAAACACAAAAGUGGACUGUUAAUGGAGAGUUGCGUAUAGGCUUCUUCAGUAAGAGAACUAUAAUCGCCGGUGAAGAGAUUACAUUUGACUAUCAAUUUCAACGAUAUGGAAAAGAAGCGCAAAAGUGUUUUUGCGAGUCAAGCUUGUGCAGAGGUUGGCUUGGCGAAGAGCCUGAUGAUGAUGACGAUGAUGACGAGGAAGAAGAAGAGGAGGAAGAGGAAGAUGAGGAAGAAGUAGAGAAGGUGGUGAGGGAAGUUGUCCCAGAGGUGACAAAAGCUGAAGAAGAACAACCACCUUUACCUCCCGAACCGCCUGUCAUUGUUCCUGCUACUGAACCAGUUGUUGAGCUCCCGCCACCUGUGACGCCAACACUGGUACCGGAGCCAAUCAUCAAGGUGGAAACUCCAGAGCCAAUCCCUAGUAAAACCCCUCCGGUUGUUACUCCAGCCGAGAUUCAACUGCCAGUAAAGGUUCAGACGCCAGCAAGGAAAGAAAAGAAAAAAAUCAUUAAAAGAAAGAUACUGAAAGAUUUAUUCGAGGAUGUGGAUGUUGACGAAGAGUUAGAACUGCUGGUUUCGACAGGGUUAAAAAAUCGUGCGCAAACCGUCAAACUUUGUCGCUUAAUGGUUCGCGCAACCGAAGUUUCACAGAGAACUACAUUACUAAGAGUAUUGAGACGGGGUGAAUUUCCAUGUCGAAGGUUGUUUUUGGACUAUCACGGUUUACAGCUGAUUUAUGGAUGGAUGAGUGAUGCACAACAAUUGUGUUCAACCAAUGAAAAACAAGAGGCUUUAAGGCUGGGCAUCCUGCAAACAUUAGCUACGCUUCCAAUUCCCGACAAAACAAUGCUCCAAGACAGUAAGGUUCUACCUACUGUCGAAUUAUGGUCAAAAAAAUUAGUCAAUAUACCCAAAGAAUUCGAUUCCGAAAGUAAUUCACCCAUGUUAGACAAUGAGGCAGCUCCAAUAUGUGAGCCAAAAGCUGAGAUCACUAUUCAGAGUGAUCCCACAGAAACAUGGAAAAAUGAUGAGGUGAUAAAAGAAGAAGACAAGUUAGAAGAGGAUGAGAAGAUGGUGUUCAAAAGACCUGUAGACAUGUAUGAGAUAAGGAGAUCCGUAGGUAUGGAUAUAGAAAAUAUACGUUCCGAAAACCUUUGGAGAGUAGAAGAAGAUAAUGUAAAGUUGGUUCAAGAAAUAAUUGAUAUGUUCGAAGAAGAUAUGGAUAUUUCCACAAUGGUUUUUAAUUCCGAAACAAAGGUGGCUGAAGUGCAAAAAGAUCGUCCUAAGGAAGAUGAAAGAGACUAUGAGGGGGAGAUAAUUUCACUUGCUUUAGAACUACUAAAAACGUGGUCUGUUCUUAAAGAAGUUUUUAGAAUACCAAAGAAAGAACGAGUUGAAAAAAUGAAAGAACAUGAAAGAGAAGCUGAUAAAGGCUACAAAGGGGACUCCGAGCAUCAUUCUGAAAGGGAAAGGGAGAGAGAAAAAGAAAAGGAAAGGCACAGGCGCCAGAAGUUCAGGGAACAAAAGAGGAAAAGCAGAAAGAGUCAAAAACACGAAGAUUCGUAUCAUGGUAUGCAUAGUAGGAUUAAUAAACACGAAAGACGAAAGUUAUUUGCUAUGCAAGUUGAACAAGAAGAAGAGCGGAGAUAUAAACGAGAGAUAUGGAGGCAACAUGAUAUCCCAUACAUGUCUGUAGGCAACGAUUCAAUGUACUCUUCGCAAUAUGAACCUUCCAGAAACUUUCAAAUGAUAUGGAACCAACAAAACGGACAGUGGCAGAACUAUCCCGUACAUUUAAAUGCCAAUCCUAUUAUAACCUCAAACCUUACACCCGGAUUUAACAUUGGCUUAAAUUAUUCUUAUUCAAUGCCUGGGACAGUCCCAAAUAUCUCAGUGUCCCUCCCCAAUUUACCAAUGCCAUCAGUCACAAUGUCGAAUCCUAUGAUAAAUCCGCAAAUCACCAGCAUUCCCCCACCAAUGCCAGCUAUCUCCAACAUGUCCGUGCCGCCCCCUAACAUCUCGCACAUGCAACAAAACAUCCAUCGUCCAUUAAUUCCUCAUACAAUGCCAGCCAUACCGAAUGUCCCCACUCUCAAUAUACCUACAAACAUACCGCCACCGUCUCUUCCUCGAAUAAUUCCUCAAGCGACGAGCAUUUCUCUUCCAGAAAAUAUAACUUUGCAAACAAACAUUCCUCCACCGACGAAUGUUACUCCCAUAUCAAAUUUACAAUCGCAAAGCCUGUCGAUGCAGCCAACCAAUAUUCCGCCACCUAAUAUUUCACAGCACGUUUUUAAUUCGGAAAAACAGCCAGAAAAAGAGAUACAGGUAAAAUUUGCGGGACCUAUUCCCCCACCAGCUAAAUUACCACCCAAAUGGAAAUGCGCGAAAGAUAAAUAUGGUCGUCCCUACUAUUAUCACAUAAAAAUACGCAUAUCCCAGUGGGAACCACCAGAAAUUCCUCCACAUCUUGAACUGGAUGAGGAAUCUACAGAAUCGUCAUCCAGUUCAGAAACUAGCAGUCUAAGCUCGGAUUCAUCAUCGGAGGAUAGUGACGAAGACGAUUUAGAAGAGUCAAAAUUAGCGGCGAGUGUGCGUAAAAAACAUUCACUCUUGGAUUCACUCGAUAAAUGCAGUCCACAAAUUGAAUUAAGCCCGAACGACUCUUGCACUAUUACGAAUGAAGAGGAGGAGAUGCUUGAUACGAGCGUGACUUCCCUCGACGAAAGACUGCAAGAGGAGUUUAACGUGUUGAAACGUGAAUGCUCAACAAACCGAGAAUCGGCGUCCAAACGAAAACGGUUAGGUUUGGUAACCGAAGUGCAUAUAAUAAGCCCGCGCACCGAAGAGGAUAAGGUAUUGGCGAAAGAGAAUUUGAGAAAAUAUAAGGAAAAUAAAGAGAGAUUGAAACGGCAAAAAGAGACGUCGGCAGAACAAACUAAAAAGCGGGUAAAAGUUACAAUUAAGACGCCUAAAUCGUCACGUAAACACAAAACGUUGACAAAAAUCCAAUUAAAAGAAGCUAUGGAUUUAAAUUCUGAAUCUGCUAGGAAAAUUAAAGAAUCAUUUACAUCAAUUAUGGCCGGUGUCAUGGUCGGAAUAUUAAAUCCCUAUAGGAAGGCUGACUGUAAGGAGGGAAAAAUCACGAAUACAGAAGAUUUCAAACAUCUUGCUAGAAAGCUAACUCAUUUCGUAAUGAUAAAGGAAUUAAAGCACUGCCAGAAUUUAGAAGACUUAACGUGUACAGAAAGUGUGAAAUCAAAAGCAAAAGAAUUUGUAAGGAAAUAUAUGUCGAAGUUUGGAGAAUUGUAUGUAAGACCGCCAGAUGAUCUGGACUAUUAGUUAAGUGAUGUUCAAUUUGUGUCUGUGAUAGAACCUUGUAAUUGUUAACUUAUUUUACAAUUUUUGUAUAUUAUAAUUUGAAAACGA